AUUUAAACAAAAAUAUAAAAAUUAAAAUUAAAAUAAAAUGAAGAAGAAGUGUUUUGUGAUGCAUUUUAAGAUUUUAAAACAAAACAAAAUUGUUUAUGUUAUAUAAGAGAGAAAAAAUAUGUAUAUUUAUUUAAAAUUUCCAUAAAAUUGUUUUGUUAAUUUUAUUUGGUCGCAAUAACGUCAAUUUUUUUAUAUUCUACAUUUAAAAAAAAGAAGAAAAAAAUCACUAAAAAUUGAAUUGGUGCUUGCAAAUAAUAAUUUUGAACAAGGAGGGAAAGAUGUGUGUGUUUAAUUAAUCGCUGAUUAGAGUCUGUUAAACUAUCAAUUUUAUUUUAUGUAACAUAUUUUAUUAGGCAAGCUAAUGGCUGAAACCUUAUAAGGUUCAGUUUUUUUAAAAAGAUCAAAUUUGGUUUAUUGAGUUUUUUUAGUAUUUUUUUGAUUUUAAAAAUCUCAUCGUCCAAAAUUUGUAUCACCUUUAUUCAAAAAGAAAAUGUUCAUAAAAGUGCCAUUUAAAAUUGUUUCUACGUGAUUUGAAAACUGAACUUAUGAUUACCUUUUCUCUAUAAAAUUUAAACCUCAUUAUUUUACUUCUAAAAACAAUGGUAGGAUUUUUUAGUUGAAUCUUUGAUUGAUUUUGUUUUAGUAUUGAAUUUUUUGAUAAAAGCUCAAAAACAAGCUUAAAAACACAUUUUUGUUAAGGAAUUUUAGAUUUGGAGUUGGUAUACGAAAAGCAAUCCAGCAAAAUGGGAUACACAUAGAUACAAAUUUAAUUCUGCACAUAAAUCGUACGAGAACGUUGUGUGAAUGUUGUAACCGAUGAGUUUCUAUUCAACCAAAAUUUACUGAUGAUCGAUAAACUAUCGUAUUUUCAAUUGAAUUAAAUUAAAACAGAUCCUGAAAAUUGCAAAUACUUCUGCAAGAUAUCUAAUUUUGUGCAAUUAUUCAAUAAGUAAAAUUCCCUGGACACGAGGUUUAUGUGGCAACAAAACAAAAAAUUUCCGAACAUAUCGACAAAUAACUUCAAUACUUCAUACUUCCCCUUUUUUGUGGGAUAACUUUUAAACAUCAUUACCUUUAGAUAAGUCAACAAUUUUGUUCUGAUUUUUAACUCAGACUGUUUCGAAUUAUUAAAAAUUGAAAACUGCUCUUAAUAAGAUAUUUGAAAGUUUUUGCAAUCAAUUUUUUAGUGAGCAUAUAAUAGAAGCUUAAAGUAGUAACCUAGCAUUUAUACAUUCUUUUAGCUGAGCAUACGUUUUGUAUCCAGCCUUAGAGUUUUUUUUAAAAAUCUCGCCUUUUAGAAAGUUAAACAUAUGUACAUUAUUAUUAAAUAAUUUCAGUUUGUUUUUCUUUUGCAUUUGGUUUAUAAAAUUUUAUUAAGACCCAAACAAAUUAAGCAACAAAUCACGUUUCUUAUGGUAUCAGGAAAUUGAUUUGUAAGUUUCCAUAAAUACUAUUUCUGAAUUUGUGACUUAACAAACACAAAAAAUCUGAUAGAAAUUUAAGCUUCUAUCUAAAAAAGAAAUUUAAGUACCUUAAAUAAUAAGAGAGCAGAAAUAUUACACAAACGUGAACAUUUUAUUUCUCACAUUGAAUCCAAAACCAAUAUUGUCUGACUUUGUAACCUGACAAACCAAAAGGAUCUGACAGAAAUGGAAAUUUCCAUCCUCAAAAGUAAUUUAAAUGCGUUAAAUAAUAAUAUAAUAAUAAUAUUACUAGUAAACUUUAUAUACUUCAUAUUGUUUCGAAAAAUGAUGUUGAUUAGAUUUCCUUCAAUUUGUGAUAUAACACACCAAAAAUGUGACAGGAAUUUAAGCUUUUGUCUUUAAAAGAAUUUUAAAUGUCUUCAUUAAUGCAAGAACAAAAAUAUUCCACAUACGCCCUAGUGAUUUUUUUACUUAUAACAACAAUAAUCAGUAAAUUUGUUUUUAAUUUGAGACUUGAUAAACUAAAAGAGAAGCUUCUAUCUUCGAAAGAAAUUUAAAUGCCUCAAACAAUAAACUAACAAAAAUGUUACACUUACGCCCUAUUGAACUUUUUGUACCUUAAAUUAUUUCCAAAAUAACAUAAAACAGAAUUUCUUGACUUGUGACAUAAAAAAGCUUACACAAAUUGAAUCUAUUAUCUUCCAAAAUACAUGUCAAUAUCUUAAAUAAUCAAAACCUAUACAAAAAAUAUUCCACAUACGCCCUAGUGAAAAUUUUUCAUAAUUAUUACAUAUUAAUUGAUAUUCUUCAUACGCCUCAGUAAACGUUCUUAUAUUGAAUUCAAAAUGAACAUAGAAAAUAAUUUUCUAUUCUAUUUAUUAAAAUAUACUUUAAAAAAAAUCACUGACUCAUUCAAUAAUAUGAGCUUCAUAAAUAUUGAAAAAAAAGUAUAGGUAAUUAAAAAUUGCAAGCAUCAAUCAAUUGAGAUUUUUUUUCAAAUUUCAAAUCAAAUUCAGUUAAUAUCUAUCUGGCUCGUUUUUAAGCUUGAUAUUUUAUUCUGUUUUUGAUGAGAAUAACCCAUUUUAAUUCUUUAGAAAAAAACAACAACAAACAUUUAUCGAUAUUACCACAAAAGUGAGAAAAUUCAACAAGAGAAAGAUUUUAAAACCCAUAAAUUCAAGUUUCUCCACUGUGUUAUCAAAUUCAAUGAUGUAAUCUGUAACCAAGUUUAUAAGCCCCGAAAUAUCUUCAAACAAAAAAAAAAACAAUCUUUUCAGGAAAAACUUAGUUGUUCCAAAGAAAAAAACAUUUUAAAGAAAGCAUGGCUGCCGAAACAGGUUCAUGCAAUCAAUUCUUUAACGAUCAUGGAAAUUCGGCCUUGAGUAAUUAUUUCCAACAGCUGUCUUCCCCAUCGGCUGGCAGUAAUGCUGGAAGUGCCUCGAGUGUUGGCUCUGCUGGCAACAACGCCAAUAAUAAUAACAAUGGUGAAGUUGGAAAUUCGAAUGAAAAUUCUCAAAACCACUCAAGUGGGAGUAGCACAAGCUCAGUGAGUUCCACCAACUCCCGUUUACAUAGUUCAAAUUCGAAUGCAUCUGGAAAUGCAUCAUCAGGGAAUCAGUGGAAUGAUCUUUCAUCAAAUCAAUCACAACACCAACAGCAUCAACAACAACACCAACAGUUAUCCCAGCAUCAGCACCAACAGCAGCAGCAACAACAACAGUCGCACUCCUCAGGGCCACAACUGUCGGUAACACCAGCAGCGUCACACCAUCACCAUCCCCACCACCCGCACCAUCUAUCGGCGAUUUCGCUAACGCAAAAUCUACCCGCUGCCGCAAACACCCACUCCAUAUUCGGAACGGGCAACUUCCAUUACAAAACAAACAACUCAUGGACGAUUCCCAGCUUGUCGUGCUAUCAGCGGAUCUACAACGAUUCACAGCAUUAUCAGCGCAGUUUUCAUCCCACAGAUGCAUCUUGUAAUCCGCACAGCAACACUGCAGCCGCCGCCGCAGCAGCAGCAGCGGCAGCCGCAUCAGCAGCGCCCCCUGUCAAUGAGAAUCUGUUGACUAAUCACCAUCAUCACCAGCAACCGCAUCAUCCACAUCAUCAUCAUCAUCCCCAUCAUGGAAGCGUCGGCGUUGGCGGCGGCGGUGGUGCCGGUGGCGUACCCAGUGCAAAAAGGUUUCAACCACCACCUACUUCAGAUGGAAUCUGUUUUGUGAAUUCACUUGCAUACGCACUUUGUUUAUAUUCAGGAAAAUCAGGGAACAGCAAGGAGAUAUGCGGUGACGAUAAAUUCAAAGAAGAUGGCGAUCCAUGGAAUGUUGAAGCACAGGCCGCCUUCCUAGGGCCAAAUUUAUGGGAUAAAACAUUGCCAUACGAUGCUGACCUCAAGUAUGCGGAUUUAGAUGAAUUCCUAUCGGAAAAUAAUAUUCCCGAUGGAUUGCCGGGAACACAUUUGGGACAUAGUACUGGCUUGGGACAUCGAUCGGAUUCAUUGGGACACUCUACCGGGUUAUCGCUAGGUCUCGGACACAUAACAACAAAACGCGAACGGUCGCCAUCCCCGUCGGAUUGUAUUAGUCCGGAUACUCUCAAUCCACCAUCACCAGCUGAAUCAAUAUUUGAUAUUUCAGCGUUUUCAUUUGCAUCGUCGGGACGGGAUUUCGAUCCACGUACCAGAGCGUUCUCAGAUGAAGAACUUAAACCCCAACCAAUGAUAAAAAAAUCAAGAAAACAAUUUGUUCCAGAUGAACUUAAAGACGAUAAGUAUUGGGCCAGACGCCGAAAGAAUAAUAUCGCUGCGAAAAGGUCACGAGACGCACGCCGACAGAAAGAAAAUCAAAUCGCCAUGAGGGCUAGAUAUUUAGAAAAGGAGAACUCAACUUUACAUCAGGAAGUUGAACAAUUGAAACAAGAGAACAUGGACUUGCGAGCACGUCUAUCCAAAUUCCAAGAUGUGUAAUGUCGGCCCCAUUCUUAUACUACUUAUUUAAAUAAUAUAAAUAAAUCAAAAUUAUUAAAUGAAAAGAUUCAGAAUAUUUUUAAAGUGAAUAAGAAAAUAUUAAAAAAACAAAAACAUUAUAAAAAUAAUAAAACAUUAUAAAUAAUGCAGCUAAAUUAAUGAAAAAUAAAUAAAUAAAUUAAACAAAAAAUGUAGCUUAAGUUAUAUUGUUAUUAAUAUUAUUAUGAUUGAGAGCAAUUAUAUACAUACAUACAUACAAACAUACAUACAUAUACACACACCAGAAAAAGUUAAGAAAUUAAAUUAACUAAUAUUCAUUCAAAAAAACAAAAAUUAAAAACAAAAAACAAAAACAGUACGGGAUUGCAAAUAAUAAUUUCAUAAAACAGAGAAACCAUUAACGAAUACAUUUUUAAAAAAAUAUCAAUUAGUAAAAUAAAAUGCAAAGUUAAAUUUAAAAAAUACAAAAAGUUGGUACAUUUGUAAAUUUAAAAAUAAGGACAAAAACAAAAAAAACAAAAUCAACAACAAUACUGAAGUAGAGAAUAUUCUAUAGUUAUUCCUGCUGACGCUUACUAAAAAUAAUUAACAAAAACAAAAAAACGUUAAACAAAACAAAAAUCCUAAGGCAAAAUAAAAUGCAAAGUAAAUAUAUUAAAAAAAAUACAAAAACAAAAAAACUUAAAACUUGUACCUAAAGAAAUAUUAAAUUGUUAACUUUUAUUUUGUUUUAAUUAUUAUUAUUAUCACUUUCUUCUAUCUUCUGGCGCAAAACGUAUAUAAUUCAUUUUUAUUGUUUUAAUAAUUCUUUUUUAACUAAUUUAGUUUGUAUAAAAAAACAAAAGAUCUUUUCCUUAGUUUUGGGAUACAUCGCAAUUUUUAGUUUUUGUUUUGUAAUUAAAAACUUUAUUUUAUUUUUAAUUAAAAUAAAAAUAAAAACUAAUUGAUAAGUGUAAUUUUCCUUUAUUUAUGUUCUUAUGUAAAAUAAUUCUUUUAAUAUUUAUUUUUUACUUUCAUUGAAGAUAAUAAUAUAUAGAAACAAGAAAACAGUAGAAGAAACAAAAAACAUAAAUGAUGAGUCAAUUGAUUAAACUUUUUAUUUUAUUAUUAUUAUUAAAUAUAUAAAUAAUUUUAUUUUUAUUGAAUUUUGUUUUAGUUUUUUAUUUUAAUUUAUAGAUGUAUACUCUCAAAAUAGAGAUUUAAUUAAUAAACAAAAGCUGUUAAACUAGAUCUAAAAACAAAAAAAAUCAAACACUUAAUAUUGAACACACCAUGCUUUAAGGAAAAAGAUAGAAACUACAUAAAACAAAAAAAGUUAAAGUUAAAGUUAAAUGAAGUGAAGUGAAAUGAAUAAAUAUUAUGUUCAUUUUGCUAAAGAAACGAAAAAAGUAGGAUGUUGAUUUUAAAUUUAUUUAUUUUUUACAUUAAUUUUAAACAAACAAAACAACAACUGUAGGGACAUUGUUAUUAAAGAAAAAAAGCUUGCAAAAGUUUAAACAUACAUUAUUAUAAUAUUAUUUAAAAAAAUAAAAAAAAAAACAUUUUUUUCAGCAACUGAAGCUAUAUUAUAAUUAUAUUAUUCAUAUUAUGUAGGUAAUAAUAUAUUUUUUGUUUUUUUUUCUUUUUGGAAUAAAAAUUAUACAAAUGAUUCAAAAAAAAAAAAAAACAUUUUAAUCUAUUUUUGUAUUUUAUUUUAAAUGGUUUUCUAUAAGCACGUUAAAUCAAUGAGAUUUUUCUUGAAAGGUGAUUAUUUAAAUUCUAUUGUCGCCUUGAAGAGUAAAUUGCUUCAGAAUAUUUUAAAGACUUCAAAUUGAGUUCUGAAAUUUCACUUUUUUUAAAUAUUUCUUUCCCCCUCUCUCCCCAAUCUGAUAGUAUCAGCAGCUUCUUGGUAAAAAUCAUCAACGAUCUUAAAAACUUACUCCUUAACAAAAUUAAUUUAAAUAAAAAUUAUUAAUAUUUUUGGAAUUUUUUUAAUUUCUAUUCGUAUGUUUGUUAAAAAUUUCUCACAAGAAAUUGUUUUAAUUUCUAUUCGUAUGUUUGUUAAAAAUUUCUGAAUUCUUCAUUUUAAGAAAAAAAACAAAAUUUCCUUGUAUUUUCUAAAUGUUAAAAAUUUAAAUUAAACGUUACACCCAUAUGAUUGAAUUUCUUUAAAAAUAGUUCUAUAGCUAAACUUGGUUCAAAAUGGUUUAUAAUUCUUAAGAAUUUGCCUCAAAUACCAAUGAAAUUAUUAUUGUUAAAAACAGUAUUCUUGAUUUGUUUUUAGCAUCUAAAGUCUUUAAGUCUAUUUUUGCUGUAAGACCAGUUUUGGACGAACCCUAUAACAUUGGGUUAGUUUUUUUUAAUUGAAAAUUAUUUAAAAAAACUGUUGAACAAUUUAAGAUUGGAUUCUUUAAACUAGUAAGCAGUCACUAGGCUUUCUUUUUUCAUAGCUUCUGAACUAAAUUGUUAAUUGUUUCCUUUUGCUGUAAAAUGUUAAAUUUAAAAUAUUACACUCACAGCUGUCAAAUGUCAUUAAACAAAAGUAUAAACGUAGCCUUGGAUACGAAAGAGAUAUUAGACACUAAAUGUUUCUUUUUAUCUGUAGAACUCUACGUUCCACAAAAUAAAUUUAAUAACGAUACAAAAUGUUUACAAUUCGAAAAAAAUACAUAAUUGAAAUUUGACGUUUUAACUUUGAUAGAGAAAAGUUUUAAGCUGUGUUGAAAAUGCCCUUUUGGAGUAGAUGGCGUUGUCUAAGGACAUAUUCUUUCUUUACCAUCUGUCAACUUUGAAGGCUAUGUCAAUUUUUUAUUUUGCUUAGUUUAAAAAUAUAGUGCUUUAAAAAUAAAAACCUUGGUGCAGAUUUGGAAAUUUAUUUAGAUAUUGAAAACAGCUAAUUGUCACUCUCGUAAGAUGUCCUCGUAACUCCGCAUCAAGAAUUAUAAUUAGAAUCCAUUUUCUAGAAAAUAUUAUUUCAUGUAUUUUUCUAUUUUGUAGCAAAGUUUAGUAUUCAAAAAAAAAUAAAUACUUAACUAUAUCCAUAACUUCAAAAGUCAGAAAUAAAUGUUUAAACAGUUUAGAUCUAGAACUCUCGUUUUGUUGGUGUAAGUCGCAAGGUAUUUUUGUAAUACUCAUGAACUCAAAAUUAAGAUAGAAAAUACUCAAACUGUUUGUGAAAAAAUUCCAAAUUCCGUCUAUAGUGUCCCUGCAGUUCAUCUAUUUUAUUUUAUUUAAUUUUUUUUCUUCUCAUAAAUAGUGGAAUAUAUAAAAAAACAACAACAACAACAAAAUAUACAAAACAAAUAAUACAUGCUUAAAGUGAAAAGAAAAACAAAACAAAUCAUAAAUAACACUGCCAAAAUUUAUUUUAUUGCAGUGCUUUGAGUCUUCCUUAAUUUUCGUACUAAUCGAAAUGAUAGUGCCUUUAUUUCUUCUGAAACUAAAAAAGAAACACAAAAUAUGAAAUUUAAAAUAAAUCAACACUUGAAAAAAAAACUUACAAAUAUAUAAACAAUGAUUUGAGAAUGUUUCCAUCUAUACAUAUUUUUAAAUUGCUUCUCAAGAGAAAAAUAAGAAUACAAAAAGAAUAUUAGUUUAGUUUGCAAAAAUUCAAUCCCACUAUUUAUGAAAAAUCAAUUAUUAAUAUUUUCAUAUGACGAAUGUAAAUAUUUAUUUAAACAAUUAAAAAAAAUAAGAAAAUCAACAUCCACUUGAGUAAAAAAAAAAAACAAUAAAAAUAGAAGAACACAUUUAACACACAAAUUUAGCCAACUUGAGCACGAUAUCCUAAAUUAAUAAAUGCUUUUCAAGCUUUUGUUUAGUUACAAUUAUUAACUUCCUUAUGCAAAACACAAAUCAAACCAAUGAAAAGAUAAAUUAUGUAAAAUAAAAUGAAAAAACUCCUAACAUAGAUUAAAAAGAAAUAAAAACAAAAUAAAAACAAUUAUGUUAUUAUGAGCGAUCUCACAGGAUUAAAAUAGAAGCAACACUAAAAAAUAAAAACACUCACAAAACAAAUUUUAAUUUAAAAACAACAAUAUUAUUAAAUAAUAAAACCCUAACGACAAAUUUAUUUUAACCGCUUUAAAUGGAUUUCUACAAAAAUUAACAUUAUUUUACAUAAAUGUGAACAAA